UCUACGGUUUUUCUUUUAGCACAUGUACGGCAGAACACCUGAUGGCCAGAGUCUGAUAGUUGACUUUGGGAACAGUGGUAAGUAUCAAACAUUUACCCGAGUGGUCUAAAACGAUCUCGUGAAUAUUGGUCUCUUCACGCGUAGAAGACAGUGGCCCUCACCCACGACAGCCACAGAAGGGAAACACAGACCUGGCACUCGCUGGCACACUUCAGCCCUGGCAGCUGGUACCUUGGCCUCGCAGAGGAGUUCAGUCAGGGCAGUGCCUCUGUGAAGUGAAGGGCUCGUACGGGAGAGACGCCUUUGGGAACACUCCUCAUGGCGGCGGCCCUGCGGGAGCGGGAAGCCGUUGGGAUCUGAAUUCAACACAUUUGCCUUUGUUUCCUGACCUCUGUGAGGAAAACGCUAUUAAUCGCCUUUAUCCCAUCCGUAGAGAUUUAUGUUUAUUCACUGCAUCUCCAUCAUUUUCAUUGUUAACUUGCAUAUUACCGAGAUCACGAUGGUUUACCUCUAACCAUUGGAAGCUCAUCGCCGAACGCAAGCAUGACGAGCAACGCCAUCAGAGGGAUCCGGAGGAAGAAGUCCUCGCUCUCCGAGGUGAAGAUCGCGGUGCUGGGCGGCCCCGGGGUGGGCAAGAGCGCGCUCAUCGUGCGGUUCCUCACCAAGAGAUAUAUUGGGGAAUAUGAUCAUCAGGCAGGUAAGUCACAGCUCCGAAUUCAUUUGUAUUCAAGGGGCGUGUUGAUGUAUUCAGUAUAUGUAAAGGUAAUGUGUUAAUCUCAGAUGCAUCAACUUUUCCCC